GUAUACCUUAUGAUCAAAUAUUCAUUCACCAGUACCUAUAUGUUGUACUUACAUACAAACUCCAUGACAACAACUGAUAAGCGGAAUAAAUGAAUAUUUUAUCAAUAAGUUUUUCUAAAAGUAACACUUGACUAAAAUUGCCACACCAAAAAAAUGUUUGCCACAAGUAAAUUUUCGGAAACGAGUGCACAUUUUAGAUUCACGAUGAAACGCAACCUGGUGAAAUUCCUCAAACUUCUGAUUUUAACAUCAGUGACCGUCCUACUCACCGUAUUCCUGUACAAAACGUUCCACAAUGUAUUCAAAAUAUCCGAUGAGUACGAUGAUAUUCCGCGGCCACCGACAGCUAUGUACAGAGAGAAUACACAUCCGAGGCAUGGGGCAUUCUUCAGUGGGGCGCCGAAAAAUGAAAAAAUGAUCAAGACCGAUUGGCACGACCGCACGUAUAUUAACUAUGAACAGCAUCGUACUGGCAUUGGUGAACAUGGCGAGGCGGCACAUUUGGGUCCAGAGGACGAGAAGGAAAGAAAACGUCUGUUCAGUCAGAAUGGAUUCAAUGGACUUUUAAGCGAUAGAAUUGCGUUGAAUCGUUCCGUUAAAGACAUUCGUCACCAUGGCUGUAAAAACAUUCACUACCUAAUCGAUCUGCCAACUGUAAGCGUGGUAGUUCCAUUUUUCGAUGAGCAUUGGAGCACACUACUUCGUACGUGCUACAGCGUUUUAAAUCGAUCACCAGCUGAAUUGAUAGUCGAAAUUAUUUUGGUUGAUGAUCACAGCACAAAAGAGUUUUUGAAACAGAAACUCGAUGAUUACAUUGCCCUCCAUUUGCCAAAAGUAAAAGUUGUUCGUCUUCCGGAACGAUCUGGACUAAUUACAGCUCGACUAGAAGGUGCUAAAGUUGCAACAGGAGAUGUUCUCAUAUUUUUAGAUUCGCACACCGAAGCGAAUACGAACUGGCUGCCUCCGUUAUUAGAGCCAAUUGCACUCAACUACAAAGUCUGUGUGUGUCCGUUCAUCGAUGUUAUUGCAUACGACACAUUCGAAUAUAGAGCACAAGACGAAGGAGCUCGUGGCGCUUUCGAUUGGCAAUUUUACUACAAACGCUUGCCGCUGCUGCCUGAUGAUUUAGCCCAUCCAACCCGUCCAUUCAAAAGUCCAGUAAUGGCCGGUGGAUUAUUCGCUAUUGCAGCGAAAUUUUUCUGGGAAUUGGGAGGCUACGACAGCGGCUUAGACAUCUGGGGAGGAGAGCAAUACGAAUUAAGUUUUAAGAUAUGGCAAUGUGGCGGUGAAAUGUACGAUGCACCGUGUUCGCGGGUCGGUCAUAUCUACCGAGGUUCAGUACCGUUUUCGAAUCCAAGGAAAACCGAUUACUUACACAGAAACUACAAAAGAGUGGCUGAAGUCUGGAUGGACGAGUACGCUGAGUACUUGUACAAACGUUCACCUGAAGUGUACAAACAUAUCGAUGUUGGUGACAUAUCUCAACAACUAGCCAUUCGCGAAAAAUUGCAGUGCAAACCGUUCAAAUGGUUCAUGGAAGAGAUUGCUUUCGAUUUGCCGAAGAAGUAUCCACCCAUCGAACCACCAGAUUUUGCUUCCGGAUUCAUUCGAAGUGUUGCUCAUCCGAAAUUAUGUGCAGACACAUUGAAUCACGGCGCUCAAGGAAGAGUUGGCUUAUUUUCGUGCGGAACGAGUCCCGAAUCACAUCUCAAUCAACGGUUUAAGUUGUCGUGGCACAAAGACAUCAGAUCGCACAAAUCACACUGUUGGGAUGUACCUACCUCACAGAAAAAUGCUGAGAUUGUCUUUUACGAUUGUCAUGGUGGAGGCGGUAAUCAGGAGUGGAGAUAUGAUAUAAACAAAAAAUGGAUAAUGCAAGGCAGAAAUAAACGGUGCCUGGACUGUGAUCCUGUGGAAAUGACUCUGUUCGUGAAUGUAUGCGACGAAAACAACGAAAAUAUGAAAUGGGAAUUUAGUGUUGUGAAUGAGGAAGCACUGAAAAACUUCGACAAUAUCGGACCGAGGUAGUAUUAACGAUAUGCCAUUCGUUUGCCAUAAAAUAGUUUCGUUUAAUGUGUGCUUUUAAAUGGAACUCUGAUUUUGUAAUGGAUAGAAUUGUGAGUAUAAUUGUAUAGAUAUCGAUAUUUCGUAAGUGAUAAUGCGAUGAGUGAUGAUAAUGUUCUACAUAUCGUUUUGUGUAAUAAAGAGAAGUAAUUUCAUUGUUAAAAA